CGAGGAGUGCUUUGGCCGCUGCAGUGGUCACUUCUUUAUUGCGUGCUCCCCUCCCCCUCCUCCACUCCCCACGCUUGACUCGGGCACACGGCUUAAAAGCGCACGCCUCGCUCGCCCCUCGCCAUUAUUCCGCCGCGUGCAACACCACCAGUCCUCCUGCUCCCAUGGGCGACGGGUGCAGCUAAUCUUCCUCGGGGAUUCCUGCCGCCCCUCCCCCUCUGGAGCUUCGGGGCGGCGAGGCGCGCUCUGAGGCAAUGGGGGUGGCGCGGAGGGAGCAGCGGGCUGCCCCCCUCCUGUGGGCGGCGGUUCUUGCGGUGGCGCUGCUGGCCGGCGCACGCGGCGGCUCCGAGGAGGGCACCGCGGUGUACAUUGUGACCAUGCAGCAGGCGGCGGUGUCCCACAAGCGCCUCGACCCGGAGAGGGUUGGGAGCAGCAGCGUUGCCGCCGGCGGCGGCGGCGGCGGAGGGGAUAACCCGGCCACCAGCAUCCUCAGGAAGCCGAGGCAUGCUUCACCUGAAUCUGUGAAUUAUGGUUCACUCCUAGUGCGCCUUCAAAAUUCGCUCCUGAAGAAGACACUAAGAGGAGAGCACUACAUAAAAUUGUACAGUUACCACUACUUGAUCAAUGGUUUUGCUGUUGUCCUCACUCCUCAGCAGGCAGAGAAGCUAAAUAGGAGAAAAGAAGUGGCAAACAUAAUGUUGGAUUUCUCUGUUAGGACGGCAACAACUUAUACCCCCGAAUUCCUUGGCCUGCCAGAAGGUGCAUGGGUUCAAGAUGGUGGUCCACAAUGUGCUGGCCAAGGUGUUGUUGUGGGCCUCAUUGACACAGGAAUCGACCCAAAUCAUCCUAGCUUUUCAGAUGACUUGACAGCUGACAAUUAUCCAGUUCCUGCUCACUACUCUGGUAAUUGUGAGGUUACAAGUGAUUUUCCAUCUGGGUCCUGCAACAGAAAGCUUGUUGGAGCUCGUCAUUUUGCAGCAUCUGCAUUAACCCGAGGAGUCUUCAAUGCCUCACAAGAUCUUGCUUCACCAUCUGAUAGUGAUGGCCAUGGGACCCACACAGCUUCCAUCGCGGCUGGUAAUCAUGGCAUACCUGUUAUUGUUGCUGGGCAUCACUUUGGGAAUGCAAGUGGAAUGGCUCCUCGUGCACACAUCGCUGUCUAUAAAGCGCUGUACAAAGGUUUUGGAGGUUUUGCUGCUGAUGUAGUGGCUGCAAUAGAUCAGGCAGCUGAAGAUAAUGUUGACAUAAUCAGUUUAUCCAUUACCCCUAAUAGGAGGCCUCCUGGAUUGGCUACAUUCUUUAAUCCAAUUGAUAUGGCACUAAUGUCAGCUGUGAAAGAUGGCAUAUUUGUUGUGCAAGCUGCAGGAAAUACCGGUCCUUCCCCUAAGAGCAUGUCUUCAUACAGUCCAUGGAUUUUUACUGUAGGCGCUUCUGCCCAUGACAGGGAAUACUACAAUUAUGUUGUACUUGGCAACAAUUUGACCAUUUCAGGAGUCGGCCUUGCUCCUGGAACAGAUGGUGAUUCCAUGUACAAUCUGAUUGCUGCACCGCAUGCACUGCAAAAUUAUACAACCACUCCUAUUGAAAUGUCCCUAGGAGAGUGCCAAGAUCCAAGCCACCUAGAUAAAGAUCUGAUAAGGGGGAAGAUAUUGGUCUGCAGCUAUUCCAUAAGAUUUGUACUUGGCCUCUCUUCUGUGAAGCAAGCUUUAGAUACAGCAAAGAAUGUCAGUGCUGCAGGAGUUAUAUUUUACUUGGACCCUUUUGUCCUUGGUUUCCAGCUGAACCCAACUCCAAUGGAUAUACCUGGACUUAUAAUACCAUCGUCUGAUGACUCUAAGAUAUUCCUAAGUUAUUACAACGAUUCGCUUGUACGAGAUGGCACGUCAGACAGAGUUGUCAACUUCGGUGCAGUUGCGAAAAUACUAGGAGGCCUGAAGCCAAAUUAUGGUAGCUCGGCACCAAAAGUGAUGUUUUAUUCUGCUAGGGGGCCUGAUCCUGAGGAUAAUACAUUGGCCAAUGCUGAUAUCUUGAAACCAAAUGUGGUAGCACCUGGCAGUUCCAUUUGGGGUGCUUGGAGUUCGCGUGGACUGGAUUCUGCUGAAUUUACCGGUGAAAGUUUUGCGAUGCUCUCUGGUACAAGUAUGGCUGCACCACACAUUGCUGGCCUUGCGGCUCUAAUCAAGCAGAAGUUUCCUUCUUUUAGCCCGGCGGCUAUAGGUUCAGCGCUGUCUACUACGACAACUCUCAGUGACAGGGAAGGGAAGCCAAUCAUGUCACAGCGAACAUACAGCAACCCGGACUCCACACAAACUCCAGCUACACCUUUCGACAUGGGGAAUGGGUUUGCCAAUGCUACUGCUGCUUUGGACCCUGGGCUCAUAUUUGAUUGCAGUUAUGAUGACUACAUCUCCUUUCUGUGUGGUAUAAAUGGUUCUGCUCCAGUAGUGGCGAACUACACCGGCAACAGCUGCGGGACCUCCACCAUGACCGGAGCAGAUCUGAACCUGCCGUCAAUUACCAUAGCGGUGCUCAACCAGUCGAGAACAAUAACGCGAACAGUCACCAACAUUGCGAGCGACGAGAACUACACUGUCAGUUGCAACGCCCCCUACGGAGUGGCGGUGUCCACGGCUCCCGCUCAGUUCUUCAUCCCCAGCGGGCAGAAGCAGCUCGUGACAUUCAUCGUGAAUGCCACCAUGAGUAACUCUUCUGCGAGCUUCGGGGACGUCGAGUUCUAUGGGGACAGGGGGCACCGGGUGGUCAUCCCGUUUACGGUCAUGUCCAAGGCUGUGUAGAUUCCUGAUAACUGAAAAGCUGACGCCGGAACGGUGACCUGACUGAUCUGGAGGUAGAAUGACCAGGAUUUACCUAGUUGUGUUUGUUUGGUGUACAUUUUUGAAGCAUGUCGUCCAUGUAAGUAGAUGAGUUACUGUUUACCUAGUUGUUUUGUUUGGCGAGCAGUAACUGUAAAGGGAAUGUGCACGAGGACGCCCGUCUUUUGAUGAUGAAUGAGAAAUCCUUUUCGCAGA